AUGGCCAUUCCCUCCAAGAAGCAACGCAUUGACGACAGCCCACUUCCCCCCGAUCUCGGCCUCAAGCCCGUCCAGCUUCAGCGUCGCCGCGUGUGGCGGGCCUGCGAAGGAUGCAGGCGAAAGAAGAUUAAAUGCGAUGGCCGCGAGCCGACGUGUUCCCAGUGCUCACUAACGGGAAACACUUGCACAUGGAUCCAAACCAAGGACAGAGCUGCAUUGAGCAGACACUACGUACAAGAGCUCGAAGCAAGGCUCCUUCACAUGGAGGGCUUACUAGGCAACAACGGCAUCGUAAUAGAUCCCAAUUCAAGACCGGAAGCCAUUUCCAGACCAGCAUCCGCAGCGCCCGCUCCAGCUUCUGUUGUAUCGCCCACCGUUCCUCCACGUCCCGCUUCGGCAGCCGGCUCCGCCCCCGGCUCACCUGAGUCCACAUUGAGCACGGAGGAUGAGCUAUUCGAGGCAGCGGUCCCACGUAUCAAGAAGGAGGAAGACGAGGAGAACGUCGCAGACCAGUUUGGCCAAUUGGCUCUCGAUGGCCAUGGUCAGCUGCGCUGGAUCGGUGGCAGUUCUACUUUGAGCCUCAUCGAGGCUUUCCAUAGUAUGUCCGCCGACCCGGGUUCUACUCCCCCGCCCGCGUCCAAAACUCCACGACUUAAUGUUCUUUAUUUCCCACCGAGCGUAAUCCCAGGAAAGUUAUCCGCUCUCCCCGGCGCCGAAGAAGUCGAAUACCCAGAACGCGACCUUGCUGAUAAGCUAGUCGAUACCUAUUUUGAGAAAUUCCAUCAUACCAUGCCAUGCAUCGACAAAUUAUCAUUCCUUGCGAAUUACAAAAAAUUGAUGGAUGAUAAUGGUGCAAAUUCAUAUCCUGGAUUCACCUCGUUAGUCUUUGCGGUCUUUGCGGUCGCAGCUCGUAUUACGACCGAUCCUCGUAUCGUUCGGCCACCACCCUUUGGCGCGCUAGAUUCUGUUGACGACACGAUCAGGCCCACGGCGCUUGUGUUUUACGAGCGCUCGAUGAUGCUGUAUUACAUCGGCCAAACCGUCACUCAACUCGCUCACGUUCAGACUUUUGUACUUCUCUCCUCAUUCCUUGCCUCCAUCAACUGCUUGCCACAAGCCUGGCUGCUAUGUGGCCAGGCAGUGAGAACUGGCCAAGACUUGGGAUUACAUCACCUCGUUGGAUUAUUUGCUGAUUUCAUCAUUCCGCAGCGAUCUCCCAGAACAUUACACCUCACCCCCAUUGACAAAGAAACUCGGCGAAGGGCAUGGUGGUGUGUUUACGGACUUGAUAGGAUGCUCGCGGUGGCGCUCGGAAGGCCAGUCGGCAUCGAUGAUACAGAUUGUGAUGUUGAGCUUCCGGUCCCAUUGGACGAUGAGGCACUUCAAGACUUUUUCGCCAGGAAGGCCGUAGAUCGCUCAUCACCUUCGCUUAUGUAUGGAUUCAUCGCUCUCACGACCCUCUACAAGAUUGCCGGAAAGGUACUCCGAUCGGUAUAUGCGUUGGACAAAUGCAAAGGCCACUUGAGGGUUGAAAAAUUAGCCGAAUUGCAAUCAUCGGUCGACCGGCUCGACUCCCAAUUGAAUGCGUGGUGCGAAGAACUUCCCGACUGCUUCAAGAGCCACCCUACGACCCCUAAACAGGUAUCGCUCGGCGCAAUCCUUUGCAGCACAUACUACGCAAUCCUUAUCACACUCCAUCGUAACUUCCUACCGACCCGUCGCAACGUUCGGUUAAGUUGGAAUCCAUCUUCACAUUCAGUCGGGAAGGCCGUUGGCGCAGCUCGCUCUUGCAUUUUCCUCGCUCAAUCGAUCAAGGAUGUAAUUCCUCGAUCGCAUAGCAUUGCGUUUUUCAUUCAGUACCUGUUUUCGGCAGCGGUAAUCGUGCUCCUGUGCUUGAUGCACGCAACCGACGAGAGCGCUGCGCAAACUGCGCUCGCUGAAGUCGAUGCCUGUCUUACCUGUCUAGAAAGUCUAGAGGAUGCAUGGCCGGGUGCCAGGCGAUGCAAAGAAUUACUCCAGGAUUUGCAAACUGCCGCCAAGGAGACGAUGAGGAAUCUGCGGGCACGGCGCGCAGCCAAUGCUGCCACGGGUCUGAACCGAGCUCGAGAUGGCUCGCCCGUGGUCAGCGAGCGCCUGCGAAAGACACAUCGUGCUGGAUCUGCAUCCUUGUCUGAAUCCAGGGGUGUACCAGUAAAUGGCCGUAUGUCAAGAUCAAUGAGUGCCCCCAAACGGGCCCGCGCGGACAGUAUUGAAGAAGGACCAUCCAACCCUGUAGUCCAACGCGUGGCCUCGGACAAUGCGACUCCGGGAAGCGCAGCUCCCAGCCCAACCGUCGAAACCUUCAACGCGUCACAGCUCCAUUCCCUUUCCAGCCCCUCUGAUGUAUUUGCUGGCUCCCGAACGGGACACGUCCGUGCCAGCAGUAUGGAUCCAUUGUUUAGCACACCCAGCCCCGCGUUUGACUCGCUCAACGACUUUGGCCACUCGAUGGACUUUAUUCACACAGGGUCUGCAGGUGACCUUGGCAUGAGUGCUUCCCCGGUAUUCUCCUCGUUUGAUCAUGGGUCGAGCAUGUUCGGGGCCGGUCCUUCCUGGACCACACCCCGCACGACAGUGGAUGGGACCGGAGCGGUUGCCUCAUCGAGCGAACUCCCCAGCUUUAUGCAGUAUGGGAUCUAUGACAGCCCCGGUUCGAACGGUGCGACCCCACCUCCUGCAGACCCCUUUGACGUCUCAGGGCUUCCGUUCUCCGGACUCGAGGGAUUCUUGUCCAGCUUUGCGCCUGGUUCGACGGCGACGUCCGGCGAUAUCAUGGAUUCGCUCUGGUCAAACUACAAGGGCCCGGCAGGUUCGGAUGUGCGGUUUGACCUGGGAAUGAAUGGAUCCUUGGUUGACGCUCCUGACGCAUUGAGUUGA